CAGUCACAGGCCAAGACAUCCACUGCCAAGAAAGACCAAACACGUAAAGACUCCGAGCUCCCUAAAGAACAGCGCCAUUUCAGUGGACGCCGCUCCAAGGAAAACCGUGAGAGGAGGGAUCGACGUCGAAGUGAGCGUGAGACUGCCCGAUCAUCUACAAAAUGAGAUAGGUUCAAAAAACUGAACCUUCGUUAAAGACGGAAAGAAAUGAUUUAUUAGAAACUGCUUACUGGAUAUUGCCAAAGUUUCAAAAAGGAAAAGGUUCUAAACAAAAAUUUGUGAAAGAAAAAGGCACAGAUUAUGUAUAGAGAUCACACUUGGAUUGAUCUGAGAACUAGUCUUGAGACAUGCAGAGCAGAAUAAUUAUCCAUUUACACUUUCUGUUUCCACUAUGUAUUGCUCUCUCUUUCUUAAAACGCUUAAAAUUUUAGAAAUUAAUUAAGGUAUAAUCUGAUUUAACUGGAAAAACAAAACAGUUUUUAUAAUUUACUUUGGAUAUUUUGAAAAUUAAAAGAAAAAAUAUUUUUUUCUUACUAUGGAGAUUUUAUACCUCAGAAAAAUUAAGUUGUGCUCAUUUUCUUUUUUCAUUUCGCAAAAAACCCCUAAGCACUCAAAACUGCCUAAAGGCUUAGCAGAUUGGUAGAUAGUGCAAAUACCUGGUAGUGCAUUACUGGGGAAAUUUUUGUUUUAAGAAGCUAUAUUUGUAGCAUGUUAGUGGAAAGUAGUCCCUUGGGACAUGAAGGUACUGCAGUGCACAUUGUUAGAGGACAUUUUCACUAAGUGGUGAUACUUGCUGUUGAUCUUUAUUACUCCAACUGUUAACCAGCAUUCAAUCAUUCAUUCUUUUGUCUUUUUGGUGUUGGAUUAUUUUGUUUCUGCAAGAUGUUAAUUUUUAUUCUCAAUAUAACGAUAAAAAUCCCUGAGGUGAAAACCUCCAUAAAUAUAUAUAUAUAUAUAUCACAAGACUGGUGCCCCACAUGUAUUUUAAUUCAGUUGAUUAGCUGUGAACAUGCCUAACUGUUUUGCCACAUUGUUAUUAUAAUGCCUGUGUUUAUUAUUGCUAGUGAUCUCCCUAAUCAGUUCUUGUCAGAAUUUAUGAAGUAGAAACCAGAAGAUGAAGAUUGGUCUACAUUGGAUAAUUUCACAAUAACAUGGGAUGUACAUAUCCUAAUACUAAGGGCAGGGUAUUGUAAAAUAUUGUUGCAAGUAAUUAUUACAGAAUCAUUAAAUCUAUAUAUUUUGAAUUCUUGUAACUAGAUAAUUGUAUAUGUUGAAAUGAGUUGUAAUUUAUGGCAGGAUUUUGUCAUAAUGUAAAUGAUGCAAUUUUUUCAUUACCUAAUAGAGGGUGUACAUGUGUGGAAAGUUUCUUGUUGCUAACAGUUAAUGGUUGUUGUAUAAAGGACAGAACAGAGGGUAUAUUGAAUUUUUAGAAUAGAAAUUUUCUCCCGGCUACCAAUUAAAUGGAGCUCAUUUUAUAUUACAAAUUAAAUUCUGUGUAUCAUUUAAGAGGUUAAUGCUCACACACUAAUAAUUUUAAAUGUUAAAAAAUACUUGUUUUUGAGUUUUUUGGAUGGGAAAAUGUCAAGAGUGAUUCUUUGAUGUAAUUAGGUUAACCAGGUGCCCUCUGUGAACUGAUGUAUAAAGUGAUGUGCAGUUUGCACAUAUCUUUUGCUUUUUUUUUGUCUGCUUGAAGCUUGCAUUGUAUAAUAGAAUGUCUUGUUGCAUUUGUUCUUCAUUUAUUGGUGAGUGUAAUCUUGUUGGAUCAGUGAGUAUGUGGUUGAUUUCUUUUGUUUUAAUUUCAUCAUGUUUAUGUGUAACAUUGUCUUAAUGUGAGGAUUUUAUGCUGUAUAGAUGUUGCUGCAACAAAAGAAUUUUUGAAGGCAAGAGCCAAAAAGGCAAGUAUGACAAUGCUGUUCUAUUGUCAUACAGAACUGUUUCUGGUGGACAAUGUUCAUAUAAGUUAGAUUCAGUUAGAUGAUGGAGAGAAAAGUUGGACAAGGAUGUCUUUAUAAAUCCUUUUGUACACAUGAAAUCCAUGAGUGUAGAUUGUAACAUGAUGAAGCUAGAACUGAUUUUUGGAGCAUCUGUUAUCAUAUUAUUGAGUGUUUUGAAUGUUUAUGUAUUAUACAUACAUGUAGUCUGUGGAUGAUCGUUCACCAAGUCAUUUGUUAUAUUUACCUACACUUAUAUUUUAAUGGCUGCUCUGUUACAUUCUAACCUCAGUGCUUUAAAAAAUACCCCCCCCCCCCCCCUUUGACUUCUUAGUCAUAGCAAUGUAUUACACAUAAUUAAGCUCAUAUCCAAACAGUUUUAAAAAUUAUCUGAAAUUGUACUCCAUUGACUUCAUAACCAUGGUUUUAGGAGAGAUUUCAUCCCUUUCUUAUUGUUAUGUCCUAUUGGGUUAAGGGAAGAUUCAGAGGAGGUAAUUUUCCCUAUGAAAUGCAUUGUUUCACAGGGAAUAGAGGAGAAUCUAAGAUGGCAUACUGUAUUGACUGAUUUCCUGUGGGAUUGGAUAGUUUUGCAUUCUGUUUUAGGAGUGAAUGUUCACCACUGCUGUGGUUUUCUGGCCUGUGUUUUUAUUGCUGUUUGAUCUCAUAGGGGCUCCUUACUAGUAUCCCACUAGGGUUUGACCCAGUACAUGUAAUGACAUGCCAUUGGAUGAGGGUGUUUCUUUGGGAUUGGAUAUUCAAGUAUUAAGGUGUAGUGGUGCUGACAGUUUCAUUAUUUAUAGUGCCAUUUUUUGUUUGGUUUGACAUCCUAAGAUCAAGUAUUUGGCAUCUACAAUUCUACAUCCCCAUGUUGUGUUCAUAAAAUUCCUCAAAUGGAUGUCAGUGAUAAAAAUAUUCUGUCUUUCUCCUAUAAUACUGAGUUGUUUUUUUUUUUAGGGCAUUGGUAUUAAUUUGAUGUUGGUUGUUUAAAAACAUAUUUGCAAACACGACAAAGUGAGGCUAUUAUAACAGUUUGGAGGAAAGAAAACUGAUUCUAUAGAAAGGCCCAUAACAUGGAGUAGAGGGAUAAACAAGGUUGUGAAUACCGGUACUUGUAUUAAAUGCUUUAAUUGUGGGUAAAUGAUGAUAUCAGUACUACAUGGAUAAACUAUCGUCAUAUCCAGCAUUAUUUUAGAUGUUACCCCUCAGUGUUUUCAUCUCAAUAGUUGUAAACUAAAAACAGUGCAAUGACCAGCUUCAUUAAUGAAAUUCCAACUCAAUACUGUAAUGGUGCCUAUUCUCCACUGUGUUUGCUAAUUUUAAUUGUGCAGCCAUAUAAGUCCAUGUAGUUCUAUUUGGGAAUUUGAAAACAUGCAGUAUUGAAAUGUUUGUACAUAAUUGGAUGAAAGACUUGAAGAGGGUGGAAGUUUAAUUUCCCUGCUUUCUGAUUUGAUCAGUCAUUGACAUGGGUGGACAGUCAUUUUCAUAAAGAUUUGUCAUAAUCCUAUUCAUUUCAUUACCUAAAUUAUUUUCAAAUCACUUGUUCAGAAUUAAUAGGUCUCUUUCAGGAGAAAACAUUAGUGAGUACAUACAGUGUACUUGCUAUAUAUAAAUCAUCAGAAUUUAAAAAAAAAUAAGAUUUAAACAGGAUGUGUGCUUCCAAAUGUCCCAAUGUUGGAUGUAAAAAUCAAAUGCUGCAAAAAUGUGUGAUUCAAACCACAGAACACCUUUACCAGAAAUCUGUACAGUUUUGGGUGCAUAUAUAGGUAUGCAAAUAUGGAUAUAUAUAUUAUUAUUGUUAUUUAUUAUAAACCAUUACUUGGAUUUGAAUGUCAAUUUUUAUCAGUUCAUGAUUUUUUUGCUCGAUUUUCAACAGCUUAUUUCAUAAUUGUAAGAAAUGUGGACUUUCCUUCCAAUCAAGUGAUUUUGUUCCAUGUACAUAUUUUUGCCGCCAGCCUAUAGGUGUAAAUCAUGUUAGAUUGUCAUGUAUUCAGAAAUUUAUCUUCUUCAAUUUUUGUUUGAUCAUUUCUGUGCAUGUAUUCGGUGAGUCAAAAGCGUGUACAAGUUUUGUAUGUAUGAUCUCAUUGAAAAGACAAAAUACAACAAAAAUGUUUGUCAAGUAUUUAUUUUUGCAUUUAGUGUACUGUUUUGACUGCAAUUUUAAUUCAAGUUUGUCUUUACCAACAGAAUUUGUCAACCUUAGUAAUUUCUAAGAAAAGCAUUACAUAGUAUUAUUUUGAAGUUGCAAAACCUUUUAAAAGACGACUGUAACAAAACCAUUGAAUUUAUGCAGAGAGCAUUUAGCUGAUAAUUUAAAGAUUUUAUUAAAGUCACAAUUUAUUGAUUGUAAUGUAUUUGGGUAACAACAAUUACUGUGAAUUUCAACUUGAAAAAAAAGUACAAUGGAAUUAAACAGGCAUCCUCAUCA